AUGGGAGCAGCAGAAAAAGUUCAACUCUUGAACCACUUCCUGCUAACUGUCAGUCUCACAAAGGAGCGACCUUUCCGAUUGAAGAUCUCCAAAGAGGUCAUGGCCAUCACUGAGAAGGAUGUGCGACGCAUGGAAACAACUAUGAAGGAAAUAAAGGAGUAUAUGGCAGAUGCAGAACGUGAGCUGAAGUCGUCAGCAACUGGAAGUGGCAGAUAUACUUACAAAGAGCGUACAAGUCUUGCAGGACAAACCGAAGACGAUACCGACCCAGUCAAGUGA